AAAGUACGCUUGGAUCCAAUCGGGUGGGCGGGGCUCCGUCUUCUUCAUCUUCUUCUUCCCUGCGCCGUUUCAUUCUUCUGCUUUGCUAAACAGAGGGCGUUCAUCCGAUAGGCGGCAACAUCUUUCCCUCCGAUUCAUCUUUUCACCGUAGGUUUUAGAAGAAAAUGGAUAUAAUAUCACAAUUACAAGAACAGGUAAACACAAUAGCAGCACUUGCAUUCAACACAUUUGGUACACUACAAAGAGAUGCUCCUCCAGUUCAAUUAUCUCCUAAUUAUCCAGAACCACCACCUGCAAACCCUACUGAAGAUUCAACUAAUCUUGCUGAACAACCUAAACUCAUGAGUGCUUCUCUUGUUAAAGCUGCUAAACAGUUUGAUGCAUUAGUUUCAGCCCUUCCAUUAUUAGAAGGAGGAGAAGAAGGGCAAAUUCAAAGGAUUGCACAACUUCAGGCUGAAAACGAUGCAAUUGGUCAAGAACUUGAGAAGCAAUUACAAGCUGCAGAGGAGGAGCUGAAGCAGGUUCAAGAUUUGUUUAAGGAAGCAACAGAUAAUUGCAUGAACCUAAAGAAAUUAGAUUGAACUAUAUAACCCAUUUCUGAUUAGAGAUUCAUUGGUUGUUUCUCAUCUCGAUGGUGGAUCAUGAAACGAAAAACAAGAUUGUUUCGAUUAUGUGUUGUGUAAUUACAUGUGGUCUGUUAGUCCUCUAUGGAUGUAUUGUUUUUGUAACACUUUGGUCUCAUCAAUAUAUUGCUUAGAAAGUUUGCAAUGUCAACUUGUAAACUUUGUAAGUGGAUAAAAUAAACAUAAAUUUAGUAGAUAUGUAGGUUUGUAAUA